AUGAAUCAAAGUGCAGGCAAAGCCCGAAGGAAGCAUGCCAUUUUUCGGACCAUUCUCCUUUCAGAUCCCGCCGUCAUCAUCAUCAUGGGGUCGAUGCGCGCCUCUCCUGCCGGAAUUCUUCUGCUUGCCUUUGCCUUAAUCUGUGGUAAAGUCUCCUCUUCUUUCUUCUUUCCUCUCGUCUCUGCAAAAUCGUUGACUAGUGUUCAGCCCUGCCGUGAUGUGAGACCGCUCAGAUCCACGCCUUUCACUGCUCCUGCCUUCCGGUCACCUUCUGCUGUACUGCUGCUCUUGCCUUGCCUUGAUCUGCUGCUCUCUCGUUGCGCUCAGAUCCGUGCCUUCUCCUUCCGUCCUCUCAUAUCGGUUCUCUCUGCUCUCUCUGCUCUCUCACAUCUGCUCUCUCACAUCUGCUCUCUCACAUCUGCUCUCUCACAUCUGCUCUCUCACAUCUGCUCUCUCACAUCUGCUCUCUCACAUCUGCUCUCUCACAUCUGCUCUCUCACAUCUGCUCUCUCACAUCUGCUCUCUCACAUCUGCUCUCUCACAUCUGCUCUCUCACAUCUGCUCUCUCACAUCUGCUCUCUCACAUCUGCUCUCUCACAUCUGCUCUCUCACAUCUGCUCUCUCACAUCUGCUCUCUCACAUCUGCUCUCUCACAUCUGCUCUCUCACAUCUGCUCUCUCACAUCUGCUCUCUCACAUCUGCUCUCUCACAUCUGCUCUCUCACAUCUGCUCUCUCACAUCUGCUCUCUCACAUCUGCUCUCUCACAUCUGCUCUCUCACAUCUGCUCUCUCACAUCUGCUCUCUCACAUCUGCUCUCUCACAUCUGCUCUCUCACAUCUGCUCUCUCACAUCUGCUCUCUCACAUCUGCUCUCUCACAUCUGCUCUCUCACAUCUGCUCUCUCACAUCUGCUCUCUCACAUCUGCUCUCUCACAUCUGCUCUCUCACAUCUGCUCUCUCACAUCUGCUCUCUCACAUCUGCUCUCUCACAUCUGCUCUCUCACAUCUGCUCUCUCACAUCUGCUCUCUCACAUCUGCUCUCUCACAUCUGCUCUCUCACAUCUGCUCUCUCACAUCUGCUCUCUCACAUCUGCUCUCUCACAUCUGCUCUCUCACAUCUGCUCUCUCACAUCUGCUCUCUGA